AUGGCCUAUCUGCUGUUCUCUGAGUUUGCCUUGCUCUGUUUUGCUGAUCUUAAAAAUCCUGAUGCCUCUCCCAUGACUCAAGGGUGUCCUCCAUACCCUCUUGCUGAUUUUGGUCUCCCCCCUUCCCCUACCCCAUGUGCUCCCAUGUACCAUUGCAGCUGCAGGAGGAAAUGCUUUGAUUCAUCAUUUAAAGGGCUGUUGGGCUGUCGGUGCGAUGCGCAAUGUAAGGACCGAGGCGACUGCUGCUGGGAUUUUGAAGAAACCUGUGUGGAAUCAACUCGAAUAUGGACCUGUAAUAAAUUUCGUUGUGGGGAGAUCAGACUGGAAUCUGCUCUUUGCUCUUGCUCUGAUGACUGCUUGCAGAGGAAAGACUGCUGUGUUGAUUACAAGACUGUUUGCCAAGGAGAAACAGCAUGGAUGAAAGAAGAGUGCAGCACAGCUGAGCAGUCCCAUUGUCCAGAAGGGUUUGACCUGCCACCAGUUAUCUUAUUUUCCAUGGAUGGCUUUAGAGCUGAGUAUUUACAAACAUGGCAUACAUUAAUGCCUAAUAUUAAUAAACUGAAAACAUGUGGAAUUCAUUCAAAAUACAUGAGACCUGCCUAUCCAACCAAAACCUUCCCAAAUCAUUACACCAUUGUCACGGGCUUAUAUCCAGAAUCGCAUGGCAUCAUUGACAAUAAUAUGUAUGAUGUAAAUCUCAACAAGAAUUUUUCACUUUCAUCAAAAGAGAAAGAGGAUCCAGCCUGGUGGGGUGGACAGCCGAUCUGGCUGACAGCAAUGUAUCAAGGUUUAAAAGCCGGUACCUACUUUUGGCCAGGAUCAGAUGUGGCUAUAAAUGGCACCUUUCCUUCCAAAUAUGUGUUAUACAGCAAUGCUGUUGCAUAUGAACAGAGAAUUUCUACACUGCUACAAUGGCUGGAUCUUCCCAAAGCUGAAAGACCCAAUUUUUAUACUCUGUAUAUAGAGGAGCCUGAUUCUGCAGGGCAUUCUGCUGGACCAGUCAGUGCCAAAUAUGUUCAGAACCAUCUUCUGGAGGAGGAAGGUCACACUAAACUCUUAAAAGCUGUGAAGGGAACAGGAAAGGGCAUGAGGUGUGAGAAGAGGCCAGGAAUGGAUCAGACUUAUUGUGACAAGGUGGAAUUUAUGACAGAUUAUUUUCCCCAAAUAAACUUCUACAUGUAUCAAGGGCCUUCGCCUCGUAUCAGGUCUCGUAAUAUACCUGAAGACUUCUAUACUUUUGACUCUGAAGGAAUUGUUAAGAACCUCAGUUGUCGAAAACCUGACCAGCAUUUCAAACCAUAUUUGACUCCUAAUUUACCAAAACGACUUCAUUAUGCCAAAAAUGUCAGAAUUGACAAAGCUCAUCUUCUGGUGGAUCGCCAGUGGCUGGCUGUCAGGAGUAAACCAUAUACAGCCUGUGGAGGAGGCAAUCAUGGUUAUAACAAUAAGUUUAAGAGCAUGGAGGCUAUCUUUCUGGCACAUGGACCCAGUUUUAAAGAGAAAUUGGAAGUUGAACCAUUUGACAAUAUUGAAGUCUAUAACCUAAUGUGUGAUCUUCUACACAUUCAACCAGCACCAAACAAUGGCACACACGGUAGUUUAAACCAUCUUCUGAAGACACCUUUUUAUAAGCCAACCCACCCAGAAGAAGUGUCAAAGUCUUCUGUUUGCAACUUUACUAAUCCGUUGCCCACAGAAUCUCUAGAAUGCUCAUGCCUUGAGCUACAGAACGUGAGUGUUGUAGAGCGUGUGAAUCAAAGGCUAAAUCUCACAUCAAAUGAAAUAACAGCAACAGAGAAAGAAAAUAUGCCAUAUGGGAGGCCCCGGGUUAUGCAGAAGAACAAGGAACACUGUCUCCUUUACCACAGAGAAUACGUGAGUGGAUUUGGAAAAGCUAUCAGGAUGCCCCUGUGGAGCUCAUAUACAAUCCACAAACCAGGAGACACAUCGCCUCUUCCUCCCCCUGUCUCAGACUGUCUGCGGGCUGAUGUCAGGGUCGCUCCUUCUGAGAGCCAAAAAUGUUCCUUCUACUUAGCAGACAAGAAUAUCACCCACGGCUUCCUCUACCCUCCUGCAAUCAACAGAACUUCUGAUAGUCAAUACGAUGCUUUAAUUACAAGUAAUCUGGUCCCUAUGUAUGAAGAAUUCAAAAUAAUGUGGCAGUACUUCCACAGUGUUCUUCUUAUAAGAUAUGCCACAGAAAGAAAUGGAGUAAAUGUGAUUAGUGGACCAGUAUUUGAUUAUAAUUAUGAUGGUCAUUUUGAUGCUCCAGAUGAAAUUACAGAACAUGUAGCCAACACCUCUGUUCCCAUCCCAACACACUAUUUUGUGGUGCUAACAAGUUGUCAAAACAAGAACCACACUCCCAGAGACUGCCCUGAGUGGCUGGACGUCCUCCCCUUUAUCAUUCCUCACCAACCAACCAACGUGGAGAGCUGUCCUGAAGGUAAAUCAGAAGAUGUUUGGAUUGAAGAAAGAUGGAAAGCACAUGUUGCCCGGGUCCGUGAUGUGGAACUUCUUACUGGACUUGACUUUUAUCAGGAAAAAUCACAGUCAGUCUCUGAAAUUUUGCAACUGAAGACUUAUUUACCCACAUUUGAAACCCUUAUUUAG